GCAGCAGCAACCAAUAACACCAGCUGCUUGUUACGUAGGUGUGUUUCCUGCUUGAAACUCUCAGUUUCGAUGCCUCCCACGCCUCACCGGACCCGAGUCCGGCCCAGCCCGAGCACAAGCAAGUCCCCACGGCGCAGGGGGCUCGCUGCGGAGUUUGUCGACUCGGACAACGAGGAAGCCGCUUGUUGCGCUCGGUAUCACGUCUCGGUCCGCAGUGCAAAGAACCUGAAGCGAGAGGGGUUCCGCGGGCUGACGAACCCGUACUGCCAGCUGAACGUCGGGAGGCAGGGCCCUUACACCACCGAUGUCGUCUUCGAUUCCGUCAACCCUUCGUGGGAGAACAAUCGCCAGACGUUCGAGUUCAGGGAGGCAAAGGGUCCGCAGGAGGAUAAGCUGACGCUAGCAUGCUUCAAUUCUGGGGACGUGCCCGAGCUGAUCGGAAGGCUGAGUGUGGCCCUGUCUCACGCCACCCACAAGGUCAUCAGCCUUCCCAUGUUCCGCAAAGACCUCGGGGGGUCCCAAGUCUGGGCGGGUAGCGUCGAGAUCGAGCUCCACUACAUCCCGGAAGGCGAGGCGGGGUCCCCGGCUCGCGGCGGACGGGUAGGCAGGCCCGCCCUUGAUGAGACUGAUGUCAACGGCGGCUGCCACAACCCCUACCCGCCCAUGUCCCCGUCCGCGACGACGACGACGACGACGACGUCCCUCGCCUCUUCCUUCGUCAAGGCGGCCUUGUCCUUACCGCACAAGCCGCGGGCCUCCGGCGGCGCCGGCGACGGCGCGGCAGCGGCAGCGGUGCAGGCGGAGCUGCUGGCCCUCUCUCCGCGGACGGCGACUUGGGGAACGGAGAAGAAGAAGGGGAUGUCGUCUACGAAGUCGCCGGCGUUGGCAAAAUCGAGCCUUCUGCCGGGCACGGAGAAGGCGGCAGCCUCGUCCUGUUCCUCCUCCGCAGGAGCCCACAAGGGCGGCGGCGGGAGCGGCCGCUACGGCUCCGCCGGGGCGGUGGCAAAGGAGGACCUGCUGCCCCUGUCGCCGAGGAUGGCGAGGGGGGCAGAGGCAGCGGCGGCGACUGCCGUGGCAGAGGCCGCCAGGGGGCGGGGUUACAGAAAGGGCGACGGCGCGGGGUGUUGGAGCUGGAAGCCGUUCUUCUGCGGGGUUGUGUUCUCGGCGCUGCUCGUGUUGGGGGGGUUGUGGGCCGUCGGCGUUCCGCUGUUGUCGGGACAGCUUGGGUUCGGCCUGAGGGUCCUGGAGGACGGCGACAACGGUCGGCAAGCGGUUGUUCUCAUCCACGGCUCGAAAAUUGCCGGGCUGGCUGACAGGCACCUGGUGGUGUUCGUGGGCGAGCAAGAGGUGUGUCGCGGGGGGGUGCCGGCCCCGGCACCACCGACAGAGGGAUCAUCGUGGGCGUACGACCUCUGGUCUUCGGAUUCGGCCGCCGCUACCGCCGCCGGUGAUGGGGGAGAUGGCGGCAAGGGCCGGAGCGGACGCGGAGGAGGACGGGAGCAGAAUAUCGGCGACAACGGUGGAGAAUCUGAUUGCGGCCGCUGGUGUUCUUUCUGCCGCUGGUGUUCUCUCUGCCGCCGGCUUGCGGCGCCCCUCUACGCCGCCCGGCGAGACGGCGGCGGCGGCGGCGGACUCGGCACCGACCUCUGAUGCUAUCACAGCAAUCCCGCUCUCUCCCCGCUUUUGGGUCUUGCUCUCCUCUCGUACACCCGACCCAGGAUGGUUGUCGUUGUUUUCGAGAGGAAGGUUUUUCGUCGGCACAGAGGACAGCAGUGGUGCUGCGAAGGAUGGGAAUGCACGAGGGGAAAAAGGAAACGGGCAAACACGUGCGGUAGGCGCGAAAAGGAGCCAACGCGGUGGAGUACAUGCGGGGGGGACCAAGGUUGACCGCAAGAACUGGGCGCCCGCGAGGACUCUCUUGCGCGACUGCUGUGCAUGUGUACGUGCGAUGUGAUGGUGGAGCCAGAGGGGCGCGAACGAGCUCUGCUUUGUUGGCCUGCCUUCUUUCCUAGGGCAGUCUGACUGGCUUGGCCUGGGCUGUGUCCUUUGCCUGAAAGCGGUAGAACUCUAGCUCUGCAGAGCUAGGCCCGCAUCAACGCGCGCACGCCCGCCUUGCGUAUGAAGCAGUCUUUCUUGCCUUUAGAGGAGUUGUGUAGUGAUAAGUGGAUUCUGAACGUUGUUGUGCGCGAGCUUUCUUUUCGUUUUUGUCUAUUCCGUCUCGUACCAGUCUCUUUUUUUAUUUCGUUCUUCGGGUGCGCCGUCUUCGGCAGCGUGCUUGUGCCUUUUCGCGUAGAUUGUAUGGACACGGUGUCGGAAAGGGACGAGGAGAAAGACUGCCAAGGUUUGACUACAAACACGUCCAAGAGCAUCUGCAAGAGCAACAUUCAACUUCUUGAUUGGACAAGAAGCGUGUGAAUAGUGCAAGUAUUACUUUAGCCCGCACCUGGUUUAUUUGUGCUGGUCUUGUACGGGCGUAUUAAAAAAUACGGUAGCUCCUUUGCAAGGGAGGCCAUCCAUGGUGAUCCUUAACGGGACCGAGACUCAUCCAAGGGUGUAAUGCGGUCUUCAACAAUGUGUUGUGGCAAGCUAGCUAGUGUUUCCGACCACUACCACUGGGAAGGCGGUCGGAAUCCGGUUGAACAUUUUCGCUCGCUCGUGUAGAAUGAAUGUGUGUCUCCAGCUCUUGUCGUUACUGCGCUGCGUGGAGAGGCGUUGCACUCAGAGAGAGCUUGAACAGUGUAUCGUGGAGAGACGGGAGGUGGGCGUGGGCCUUCUGUUGUUGUAUACCGGUAUGUAGUUGUAAUAUCUUGGAGGCCUCUGAAGGGCGGAAGAGUGAUGAGGACAGCACAGACGGAGUACGCGACGUGACUGGCUCACUUCAAGGGGCGGUCGUGGUUGACCGUGUGCUCGCUCCUCUCCCCGCCCUCAGUUCCCUGCACCCUUGAUUGAAUGGCGGCAAUCAUGUGGUAAGGGUGAUGGAGAUGUUGAUGAAAGGUUGGGUACGAGGAGGGAGGAUGCUAAGGGGAGGGGUUAGUGUCAUUGAAGGAGUUACUCAUUUUCGAUUUAUAUGCACGCGUUCGAUUUGCAUCUGUUACAGUGGGGUCUUGGCCGACCCCUAAAUUGAGAGAGAAGAGAUUCGUUGGUUCGGGUCGUCCUAGAAUAGUUUACUUGUCCCAAGAUGCGACACUACAGCAGUGCUGUGACCGAAUCUGGGUUGCUGGGUGUUUUGUUGAACGUGAGAGGGCGAGGUAGUGCCUUACCACCACCCUCACAUCGCCGCUGCCUUCCUCAAAGAUAUACCCCGGACGAUUUUGCUUAGCGUCCUUCCCUUGUUAUCUUCCAAAACUAGGGCGUGUUUCUAUUCCGUGGACUAGUGCGAUACAGCAGUGUCCAGUCAGUCACAUGUGUCGUGAGGAGACUGGAUGACUUGCGGUGGUAGUGGUGGCAAGGAUUGAGAUGGAGCACACGGAAUGACACGAUGAUCCGCGAGAGUGAAGAGAGGGGGGUGGAUACUAAGACACCGGACGCACGUCUCGUUUGCAGACUGUUUCGGGGGCGGGGUACACACAACUGUCUGGUAGAGAAACACCCGGUCUGAAGCCUGUCGCAUCUGUCCGGAGAGAGGUCUUGAUCAAUCGAUGAUGGAUUGCCUGUUGUGAUGUGGCACGAAAAAAAUAAGUGAAUGACUUUGGCGCUGAACCUGCAAAACGAUGUCGAGCGUUGAGGGACGUCGGGACACGCAGAGAAAGUAUUUUGUCACGCGUUGCUGAACAAAGUUUGUAGGUAAUCAGGAUGAGACCGUUCGCUGGUUUCACAUAGAUGUAUACCUGGGAACGGUAGUUUAGGGCUAUCUUGUACAUGGGAUGUUGAAACGAUUUGUUUCGCGCGGGGCAUGUCUGUCCCCGCAAGGGAAUAAUAGCCUUGGCAGAACAGGGAGGGUAAUUUGUUGGUCGGUCCGGUGCGUGCGGUCGUCAUGUCCGUUUUGCAUCGAUGAUCUUCGUUGAGAUUAGAGUUGUGUGUUCUCUCUCGCUUCACGAUUGAUUGAGCGGGCAGGUUGUUUAUCUCCCCAUCAGACGGCAUCUCAAAAAGAAAGGUCAGGUUAUAUAAUACCCUACCAUCCGUCUUCCUGUUAUAGCAGCAUGGAGACAGCAACUAUUACUAUUAUAACAGCAGGAGUAUAGUGAAAUUCUUCGCUGUCUCUCUCUGCGGUGCGUGCCUUCAUUUCAAGAUCCCCGAAGAGAACGAACACUUGACACUUUGCUGGCUGCCUGCCACCUCU